AUGGGGCUAUCAGUAGUGUGGACUGUGGAUGAAGCACAUAAUAUGGCUCUCAAAGCCGAGCUAAUGGAGCGCAAGACAACCUAUUAUGGAUAUCAUCGGAACCUUCCUGAUUCAUCGUUUCCCACUAGGGAAAAAGGAAAAGGGGCUGCCCAACCAACAGUUCCAGUAAAUCAGCAGAGGGGUACCGCUGGUGGAGGAGGAAACCAGAUGACUGGAUCAAGUAGUAGAGAGGCAUCUCGAAACACAAAUCCUUAUGCCAAACCAACAACGGAUAAGUGUUAUAGAUGUGGUACGCCUGGCCAUCGCUCUAAUGUCUGCCCAGAAAGAAGGACUGCUAAUUUAGUUGAAGAAGAAGAUGAAAUUGGAGAUAAUGGAGAUGCAGAAUAUGAGGGUGAUCAGUAUGAAGGUGCUAAACUCACUAGAGAAGAAGGAGAACGAGUCAACUAUGUAGUUCAAAGGGUUCUAUUUACACCAAAAGCUGAGGACCUCAGUCAACGUCACAGUAUUUUUCGCUCUUGUUGUACCAUAAACCAAAAGGUGUGUGACCUUAUUGUGGACAGUGGAAGUUGUGAAAAUUUUGUGGCUAAACGAUUGGUAACACACCUGAACUUGUCUCCUGAACCACACCCCUCUCCCUACAGUAUUGGCUGGAUCAAAAAAGGACUUGCUGUCAAGAUAACUGAAGUAUGUAAGGUACCUAUUUCUAUUGGUAAACAUUAUAAAUCUGAUGUAUUAUGUGAUGUGGUUGAUAUGGAUGCUAGUCAUGUAUUACUUGGAAGACCUUGGCAAUUUGAUGUGGAUAUUACAUUUAGAGGGCGAGACAACACUUAUGCAUUCAAUUGGGGGUCUCAUAAAAUUGCUAUGAGUCCCUUAAAGCAACACAAAGUGCCUCCGAAAGUCGAAGCAAAGUCUUUCCUCACUAUAACCAAUUCAAAGGCCGAGUUUGUGGCAGAUGCGAAAACUUCACAAGAGUUAUAUGCUAUGGUUGUGAAAACAAUGGUACCUAUGGCCAAGGAGAACACAGUCACUCCAAUCCCUCAGAAAAUUCAACCAUUGUUAGAGGAAUUCCAAGAGCUUACUGCUGACGAGUUGCCAGAUGAACUUCCACCCAUGAGGGACAUUCAACAUCAGAUUGAUUUCAUACCAGGAGCAAGUCUGCCAAACCUACCACACUAUAGAAUGAGUCCAAAAGAGAGUGAGAUCCUAUGGGAGAAAGUUGAAGAAUUGCUGCGGAAGGGACUUAUUCAUGAAAGCCUAAGUCCAUGUGCUGUUCCGGCAUUAUUAACGCCAAAGAAAGAUGGAAGUUGGCGAAUGUGUGUAGACAGCCGACCCAUCGACAAGAUUACCAUCAAGUAUAGAUUUCCCAUUCCCAGACUAGAUGAUAUGUUGGAUAUGCUGGAAGGAUCAAAGUGGUUUUCAAAGAUCGAUCUGAGAAGUGGGUACCAUCAAAUUCAAAUUUGUCCUGGGGAUGAAUGA